AUGGUUGGGUUUGCCCGGCUAGCCCGCGCCUGCCGUGUGGUAGCUUCAGGGGCUGAAGCGCGCUCUGUUGUGAAGGAAGCAGCUGCCGUCAGCCUUCACCAGCAAGAGCAUGGGCUCGAUCAGGAGGCGCCUUCUUCGGCUCCGCGAUUUCGGUCGAGUGGCGUCGGAUCGAAUUUUUGUACCAGGGAUGCGGGGAUGCCUUUUGGUGCAGCAAACUCCCAUGGGUGGUUUUCUUGGCUGCCUUCCUCUUCUCAGUUCGCUUCAGCUGUGGCGCUAGCAGCAGCGGGUUCUGCAUUGUUCAUGGCGGCAUUAGAUCCGCGCGCGGAGUCUCCCGUUCGGUGUGAAAGCCAAGAGGACGGGAAAACCCAAGAGAAUCCUCUAUGGAGAUCGCGGGAGAGUCAGCCGUUUGCUCGGAAACUGGGGGAUGCUCUUCUCUUUACCGGAACGGCAAAUGAACACCUGGGUGCUGCCGUUGCUAAGAGGCUCUCUACCCAUCUUGGCCGUGUUUCGGUGGGGCGCUUUGCCGAUGGGGAAGUGAACAUUCAAUUCCUGGAUUCACUGAGGGGUAAGGAUAUUUACAUCAUUCAGCCUACCAGUACCCCCGUCAAUGAUCAUCUCAUGGAGCUCCUCCUCAUGAUCUCCACUUGCCGCCGUGCCUCUGCAAAGAAAAUUACAGCUGUCAUUCCGUAUUUUGGAUAUGCCCGACAAGACAGAAAGAUGAAUAGCAGGGUUCCAAUAUCUGCAGCCGACGUUGCGCGGAUGAUGGAGGCGAUGGGGGUGGAUAGAGUGGUGGCUGUGGAUCUGCACUGCGGGCAGAUCCAGGGAUUCUUUGGCCCCCGCGUGCCCGUUGAUAAUGUGGAGGCUCAAAUCGUAGGCUUGGAUUAUUUUGAGUCCAAAGGCCUGAUCAAGCCUGUGGUAGUUUCUCCUGACGCCGGUGGCGUUUACAGGGCUCGAAAGUUCCAGGAGGGAAUGGUGCGUCGCGGGUACAAAGACUGCUCUAUAGCGAUGCUGAUCAAAAGGCGAAUCAGGGCAAAUGAGGUGGAGAGCAUGGAUCUUGUGGGCUCAGUGGAGGGGCGUGAUGUUAUCAUAGUGGACGACAUGAUCGACACAGCUGGCACAUUGGUGGAAGCUGCCAGGGAACUCAAAAGCAAAGGUGCAAAGAGGGUGUACGCCUUUGCCACACACGGCCUUUUCAGCGGCCCUGCAAUAGACCGAAUUCAGAAGAGCGCACUUGAGGAGGUUGUCAUCACUGACACAAUCAAGGCUCGUCCGAUGGUUGAGAGCUGCAAAAAGAUUAAAAUUCUUUCCAUUUCUAUUCUUCUGGCUGACGCCAUUCGCCGAAUCCAUCAGAAGGAAAGUUUGAACGAUCUGUUCAACUUUGGAUCUGGGCCUGGAACAAUACCAAUCCUUCGCGCUAUGGCGCUCUUCCUGCUUACGUCUACUGUCUUGUUGAUCCCCCACGAAGAAAGGGCCUGCGCGACCGUUGAGGGGCGGGGAAACCUUCUCUUGCUUGCUGGGCUAUCCCCUGAUGGGCAAGCGAAGCAACUUGUGGCAAGGCUACUGAAAUAUCUAUCUGUAGUGAGUAGCUGGCGACAUAGGUUACGACUGGAUGGCUUUCCAGUGUCCGAUCUUUUCAUCGGUCUUUUGAUAUUGUAUUUAGAGGGCGACUUUAUCUUGUCUGCUUCUAGAGAUCGUGGAACUUGUGCAGUGCGCGUUUUCGUGGAAAUCAGUCGCGACCUUCCUGAAAGCAAAAGCAGGGAACAGAGCGCUGUUACCAUGUGCUCGAAUUUCGUUGAACCUUAUAUGUUUGGCUUAAGGGAGUCUCCUUAUUCUUGUCGUCGCCAUUGUUGUCAUUGGCAGAAACACCUGGUCAGUGCAAAUUUGACAGGCAAGGCGGGUCCAACUGUGUAUGAGAUGAGACUCCAGAAGUGGAAGGAUGCAACUUGCAUAGCAAAGGUUAUCAAGGAUUCAGCAAUGUUAAAAGCAAGAGGCGGCAUUCAAGAUGCAGUGGGUUCUCCCCCGUGUGUGUUGGCUAUUACAGUGUUUGAGUCGACUGCAGAAAGGCUCUGGUGUAGCGGGUCCUUAAUGGGAGAGGCGCUACGGAACUUGAACGGUCAUGCGCUUUGUCGAAAGGCGCACCAGGAAGGCACCUAUUUGAGAGCGGCCAUGGAUCCGGAAACAAAGGCUGCCAGUGCAGCCCUCCAAGUGGCAACUGGUGGCUCCUCAGGAUCUCCCCCCCUUCCCUCUUUCGUGCAGCGGCUGGUCCCCGAUUUUCUCAGCAACAAUCCUUAUUUUUGUGCUGGCUUUGGCCUCGCUGGCUUGGGUGCUGCGGCUUCUUUGGCCAGAGGGGCAGUACGCGGGCUCAAGGUGAUGGGGCAGCAUGUUCUGCGGUAUAAGGACGCCUUUCUUUGGAUUGAUCGACAGCGUUCUGGGGAAGUCGUUGAUUUCAGCUCAGGAUCUCCCUGGGAAACGCUUACCCUCACUACGCUCUCUCUUCACAAGCACCGCAUCACUGAUCUGUCGUCCUUGCAGGCAAAGGGCGUAGCUGAGAGCAUUCUUGCAGAUGUUCGCCGCUUCUUAGCAUCCGCCUCAUGGUACUUGAAACGUGGCAUUCCUUACCGUCGAGGCUAUCUGCUGCAUGGUCCUCCUGGAUGCGGGAAAAGCAGCUUUGUCAUGGCUCUCGCGGGGGAGCUUAAAUACAACAUUUGCGUGCUCAAUGUUGCGGAUCCUCACAUGACCGAUGACAGGUUGCAAUAUCUCCUCGCCACGGUGCCUCCUCGCUCGCUCUUGCUGCUGGAAGACAUCGACAGCGCGAUUCGCCAGUCGGAGUCUGCAGAAGGCAACAAGGAACUCUCCAGUGUGGGGGAGGGGCCUCUUCUGACACAACUCACUGUCAACCCUUACGGCGCAAGGAGCAUCACGUACAGCGGACUGUUGAACGCACUCGAUGGGGUGGUAGCAACAGAAGAGAGGAUCAUCUUCCUCACGACAAACCAGCCAGAGCGGCUUCCCACUUCGCUAAUUCGUCCUGGUCGUGUAGACUUGAAAGUGCGCAUUGGCUACGCCACCCCUGCACAGCUGAGGCAGCAAUUUCUUCGAUUUUUACCGGAUGCAAGCGCUGAGGCUGCCGAUGAAUUUAUUAAUAUUCUUUCGCCACUCCAAAUCAGCAUGGCAGAGUUGCAGGGUUUCUUUUUGUUUUGCCGAGAUGACAGCAAGCAGGCUUUGGAGAUGGCGAGAGCUUGGCGCGAGGCAGACGAGCAGGUGGUACAGGAACUGCAGCUGAAGCAGCAAAAGGAGCUGCAGCAAAAGCAGGAGCAGCAGCACCAAUCGCAGCAGAAGCCACAACAGACAGGGGGGGGCGAUAGCGGGAAUAGGAGUGGCAGUGAGUCCCUUGCAGGCGCAGCAAAAACAGCAGCGAGGCACAACCCGCCUUAA